AUGUUUCAGGACUCAGUUGCCUUUGAGGAUGUGGCUGUGAACUUCACGUUGGAGGAGUGGGCUUUGCUGGAUCCUUCCCAGAAAAAUCUCUACAGAGAUGUGAUGUUGGAAACACUAGGGAACCUGGCUUGUAUAGAGAAAGAAUGGGAUGACCAAAACAUUGAAGAUCAAUACAAAAAUCCCACAAGAAAUCUAAGAAGUCAUAUAGUAGAGAGAGACUAUGAAAGUAAAGAGGUUAGUCAAUAUGGACAGAACUUCAGCCAGAUUCUGGAUUGCAUUCUGAAGAUGAAAACUGCUCUUGGAGUAAAGCCACACGUAAGCAGUGUAUGUGGAGAAGUCUUCACUUGUCGUUCAUCCCUUAAUAAACACAUCAGAGCUUAUACUGGACAGAAACCACGUAAGUAUCAGGAAUAUAAAGAGAAGACAUAUAAAUGUAAGCAAUAUGCAAAAGCCUUCAGUUAUCACCACUCCUUUAGAAUACGUGAAAGGACUCAAACUAGAGAGAAACCCUUUGAUUGUAAGAAAUGUGGAAAAACCUUCAUUUCUCUCAUACAUGUUCAAAGACACAUGAUAACGCACGGUAAAGAUGGAUCACAAAAACGUAAGAUUUAUGGAAGAGGCUUUGGCUAUCCUAGUUUAUUUUGUAUAUAUGAUCAACCUUAUAAUAGACAGAAACAUCAUGAAUGUAAGCAAUGUGGGAAGGUGUUCAGUCGUUCUAAUUACAUUCAAAUACAUGAAAGGACGCACACUGGAGAGAAACCCUAUGAAUGUAAGCAAUGUGGUAAAGCCUUUAGUGAUUCCUCUUCCUUUCGAAAACAUAAAAGAACUCACACUGGAGAGAAACCCUAUGAAUGUAAACAAUGUGGGAAAACCUUCAGUUGUUCUAGUUCCUUUCGGAGACAUGAAAGAACUCAUACUGGAGAGAAACCCUAUGAAUGUAAACAAUGUGGAAAAGCCUUUAGUCAUUCCAGUACCUGUCGAAGACAUGAAAGAACUCACACUGGAGAGAAACCCUAUAAAUGUAAACAAUGUGGUAAAACCUUCAGUCGUUCAAUUUCCCUUAGAAUGCACGAAAGAACUCACACUGGAGAGAAACCCUAUGAAUGUAAACAAUGUGGUAAGGCCUUUAGUCAUUCCAGUGCCUGUCGAUAUCAUGAAAGAACACAUACUGGAGAGAAAUGUAAACAAUGUCAUAAGGCCUUUAGUAGGUCCAGUUCCAUUAGGAUGCAUGAAAGAAUUCACACUGGAGAGAAACCCUAUGAAUGUAAGAAAUGUGGGAAAACCUUCAUUUCUCUUCAGUCUGUUUGGAAACAUAUGAAAAUGCACACUGGUAAAGGAACUUAAAAAUGUAAGGGUUGUGAGAAAGUCUCUGAUUCUCUCCAGUUCACUUUAAGUUCAUUUCAGUUCAUUUCAGACACAUUUGUAGAGAAACCCUAUGAAUGUAAACAAUGUGGAAAAGCCUUCACUUGCUCCAAUUUUUUUUCAAAAACAUGGAAGAACACAUACUGAAGCAAAACCUAUUUAAUGUAAGGAAUGUGAGCAAGCAUUCAAUUUUAUCAGUAACACUGGAAAACAUGAAAGGACUGCCAAUGGGGAAAAACCUUAUAAAUGUAAAAAAUGUGGUAGAGCUUUCAGUAGUCCAGUUAUAUUUGAAAACAUGAGGGAAUUCACACUAGAAGAAACACAUACAUUGAAUGCAAGGAAGGGGGGAAAGCCUUUAUCUCAUAAAGUUUAGAAGGCACAUGAUAAGGCAUAAUUGAAAUGAACCUUAUCAUUGUCAGGAAUGUGGGAAAGUCUUUGAUUUUUCCUCUUCAUUUUGAAGAGAUGAAAGAACUCAGACUAGAGAGAAACUCUAUGAGGGUAAAAAAUGUGGUAAAGCCUUCAGUUCUUUCAGUUGCAAUGGAAUGCUAUUCAGCUAUAAAAACAAACGAUAUCCUGUCAAUUGCAGCAACAUGAAUGGAACUAAACCAUUAUGUUAAAUGAAGUAAGUCAGGUACAGAAAGAUAAAUACCACAUGAACUCAAUCGUGGAAUCUUAGAAAAAAGUUAAAAAGUGGUUGUCAUAGAGGUAAAGAGUAGAAUAAUGGUUACCAGCAGGCUGGAGGGGAAGGGGGUGGAGGAGAAAGGAGAAGUGGUGGACUAAUGGUAUAAAACUACGUUAUCCACCGUACAUAAGUCACUGUGAAGUACAUGCAUGUAUUGAAACAACACACUGUACCCCACCAAUAUGAACAAGUGAAUGUUAAAAAGAUCUCUUUAAAUAAAAUUUUUUUUA